CCCAGCCUGUGGUCGCCUGCUGAGGAUCUUCCCGGUGACUUCGCGAGAGAUUUUAUAUGACGUAGAGUGUGUUAGAAAAAAAGACUUGUCCUUUAAAAGUGGUACGGCAUUACUGUUCAACGUGAUUUUAUGGACCACGAUCCUUUGUCGAUCCGUGUUGUUCGAACUAGUGUUGGUGUGACGCUGCUCUGGUUGAAUCGCUGCGCGGUGCUAUAAUGAGCUCAUCCCCAUUCGUCUUGCGUCAGGCACGAAUUCGGAGUAAUAUGGCUAAACUGCCGAGUCCAUCAGAUAUUGUCAUCUUAGCAGGAAAUUCCCAUCCUGAUCUAGCUGAGAAAAUUGCAACGCGGUUGGGGACACGUAUUGGCAGCUGUUCGGUAGUUCACGCCAAAAAUAGAGAGACACUUGUCGACUGCGCAGAAUCUGUUCGCAAUCGAGAUGUCUACAUCAUCCAGACUGGAUCUAAGGAUGUUAACAACUCGAUCAUGGAGCUACUCAUUAUGGCUUAUUGUUGUCGGACGUCUGCUGCCCGUAACAUCGUCGGUGUUAUUCCAUAUCUACCGUAUUCGAAACAAAGCAAAAUGCGCAAACGCGGAUGCAUUGUAUCCAAACUUCUUGCGCAGAUGAUAGUCAAGGCGGGUCUUAGUCAUGUAAUUACGAUGGACUUGCACCAGAAGGAGAUCCAGGGUUUUUUUGACAUUCCAGUAGAUAACCUCCGUGCAAGCCCCUUUCUUCUUCAAUACAUCACCGACUGCAUUCCAGAUUACCGCAACGCGGUGAUCGUUGCUAGAAAUCCCGCCUCCGCAAACAAGGCUACCUCAUACGCCGAAAGGCUUCGGCUCGGCAUUGCCGUUAUUCAUGGUGAGCACAAGGAAAGUGAGAGUGAAAUGGUUGACGGGCGAAACUCCCCGCCGCCACAGCCAAGUCACACGACAGCUCGCACUACAGCCGCUAUAAACACACUUCCUCUGGUCGCUGCUAAGGAAAAGCCGCCUAUUAACGUUGUUGGUGACGUCGGUGGAAAAAUUGCCAUUAUGGUGGAUGAUAUGAUCGAUGACGUGGCAUCAUUCGUAGCCGCCGCCGAGGUUUUGAAUGAACGCGGAGCGUACAAAAUUUAUGUUCUUGCCACUCACGGAAUUCUUUCAUCAGAUGCUCCCCAACUGCUUGAAGCCUCUCCAAUAGACGAGGUUGUGGUGACGAAUACUGUACCCCACGAGGUUCAGAAAAUGCAAUGCCACAAGAUCAAGACAGUCGAUAUAUCUAUUCUUCUAUCAGAGGCCAUUCGCAGGAUUCAUCAUAAGGAAUCUAUGUCAUAUCUGUUUAGAAAUGUUACUCUUGAAGAUUGAGUAAAGUCCAAAAGCGACUCGAAUAAAUCUGAUCAAGUAUAGCUUAAGGACUAUUUAAUUGUCUCUUACUUAAUGUUCAAUCAAACUUCAUAUGUAUAAACGCGUUCAACAGGCCGUGUCUUGUUGGUAGCCGAUGCGUUGCAUAGGCAGGAAGAUAAUAUCUAACACACGGUAACAAAUGGUAAGCUGAAAAAGAAACGGCAGGUACGUUGCUCACGUCAGCAGACCACUUACUCAAUGACAGAAUCACUGGGAUCAUAUGCUUUUAGAAAAGGUAUACAUAUAAAGACAUCAUUUACAGUUUUCGAAGCUGUCCCGGGUACGCUUGUCUCUCAAGAUGUUCACGAUCUCUGAUGACAAACAGCAUAAUUCGUCUGCAGUUGCAGACGUUGUCAUAAACACAGAUGAUGUACGCCUUGUCUAAUACAUAGCGUAACAGAAUUUUCGGAAAUGGUGCAUAACAAGAGACAACCACCAUUGAAAGCCAAAACAAAUUGGCCUGCGAUGACAUCGACGUCCGAUCACAACCUAAAAGUCGUACUCUGUGAAAAAGUACUCUUUUAGGAGGCUGAGUGCACGUGGUGGGGGGAGGCAUAGCGCGCGGACAAGAGGAUCGAAACACGAUGGAUGACGCUACACAGGUUACAACAUGCUAUGAGAUAUUUUCAAGAGUCGAACUCUAGCCGCAAUGAGCAAGGAUGGAGAUCGGAUGCUAAGCAGACACACCACUAAUUGAACACGUGCUAGACACAUCGCUUUUAUCUCGAUCGAUACUAUUAUAUUGAUGAAUAACAGUAUGUAUAAUAAUUAAUACACUAUCGAAAUAGUAUGCUACAUAACGUAAUAGCAAAAACUAUUCUGGUUGAAUUAACAAUACACUUCAGACGACAGUGAAUAAUUACAAGAUAAUGUAAAACGUUAUGCUGUGUUUAAUAAAUAUUUUGAGCAUAUAACUUGUGUUUUUUUGCUGUUGCAUCUUAUCAUAGUUUGCCUCAAGUUUAUUCAUUAGGUUUGUACGUGCAUUGCCCGUGUGGACUUUAAGGACCUCAUGUAAGUUAUUCAUAUAUCAUUAAGGGCUGCGUAGCAUAUACGUAUAUAUAGGUAGAUUUUCUUAUCACUACUACUACUACUACUACCGACAAUCGAUAAAGUCAGAUUCACAAUUAGCAUUCUGGAUCGUCUUCGUUUACCAGAAAGUUAGAAUGUGUGCUAAACUUACCUUAACUCUACGAUUUAACAGUUCUACCAGCAUGUUUUCUAAGUAACCUUGACACUGGUGAGUGGUCGCUAAUGUUAUUGACGCAGGCACUACAAGAAUUAUUACAUUACCAUAAACAAAUUGCUUUUUUCUAGGUGUUCCCUGCUCUCCGUUCGUGUCUUUUUGGGAAUUAUCAGUCUCGUCUUAUUUGGCAUAGUGAACCGUUUCAGACUUUUUGUCACAAGCUACCACUUCCUGCCAUUUGAAAAGUAGCAUUUGUUCCGCUGCUGUAAAGUAUAAUAUAUGAGACUUCUACGAAAAGCAACUUCGACUCCAUAUUGAUAUUAAAAAAAAUUGUUGAAGGUUUGAAAAAUGUAUGGGAAGUAUGGUCGGUAGAAAAGAACUGCCAAUGGUAAAUUUUGCCAUUUCACACUUGCAGUGCUAGGUCGACUAUUGUCGUACAACAUGAGUGGUUUGUUUUUUCCCGCUCAUGCCGGCUACUUAACGCAGAGUUUCUUCAUAGUAUUUUUCUAAUAGCACUCAAGCCGUAGUCGACGAACUAGGAACUGUACGUAGCUAUAGUGGACAACACAUUGUAUCAAACUACUGAACAAGAAACGAAAGUUUUUGGCUCAGCUACGAUUAAUGUAGCUAGUCCGAUUCUGUGAUGUAACAGUUGGUCACUGUUGUAAGCUGUUCGAGCAGAGGGAAGCAAGCGUCUCUACAUCUGUUUUUGAUUUUCGGUAAAAACGUACGGCAGCCAUUUGCUCAGCUUUUUCCCCUAUGAACUCAACGCAAAUAUAUAUGUAUCGUAUUUUUAUGUGCGCAUUAUGAAAUAGGUCUGCUCCCACCACAGCUUUCAACUCUUUGCUAUUCACUUUCGUAGCGG